AUGUGUUCUGAGGAUAAUGUGGGAAAUGGACAUGCGGAUGGGGAAACACUAAAACAUAUCAACGAUGUAGAUGAUAUAAAAGAUUCCACUGAAAAUAUGCAGUCGAGACACGCCCAAGGUCCGUAUUCUAGUUGUGCUGAAAUAACGGCCUGCACCCAACGCAGUGGCUACUAUUAUAUUUAUAUCCCGAAGUUCAGUAACGAAAGUUUCCUCGUCGAAUGUGAUGCCCAUACCGAGGGCGGCGACUGGACUGUUAUUCAAAGACGUGAGGAUGGUUCGUGUGAUUUCUAUCGGUCAUGGAACGAAUAUAAGAUGGGUUUUGGCGAGGUGGAUGGAGAGUUCUUCAUAGGCCUGGAUAAGCUGUUUGCCCUGACCAAUUAUCAAGGGCCCCAGGAGCUGUUGAUACUCAUGGUAAAUGGUACCAACGAAGCUAAGGGUUAUGCCAAAUAUGCUAGCUUCAAAAUUGCCAAUGAAGAAGAUAAUUAUAAACUAAUACGAACGGGGCAGUAUACGGGCACAGCGGGGGAUUCGCUGAGAUCUCACGUCGGUAUGGAAUUCACUACCAAAGAUGAGGACAAUGAUUUAUAUGAGGAGAAAAAUUGUGCAGUUUCUUAUAAGGGCGCAUGGUGGUAUCGCCAGUGUCAUUUAAGCAAUUUAAAUGGUCAUUAUGGCGACAAGAGCUUUGGCAAAGGUGUGAACUGGUCUUCGUUUUCGGGAUAUUACAAUUCGUUGACCUAUGUGAAAAUGAUGAUACGCCAUGUUAUCGAUAACAAUUCUCUAUAA